AUGCGUUCUUACCAACAAACUCAUCCUGAUGCAGCGUGCACAAUGGCAAUCAACCAUUUAACUGAUCGACGUAUUGAGGAACUUGUGUCUGGAGCGAAAACUCACGUUAAGUCUCAUUCAACAGUAUUCAACAGUUCCGUUGAUGUUCGGAACUUACCUGAGUCACUCGAUUGGCGUACAAAAGGUGUGAUCACUCCUGUGCGCGAUGAAGGUCAAAGGGGAGAGAUCGUGACCGCCAUCGUAAGUACUGAACUCGUAGAAACUCUUCAUGCUAUUAAUUCCGAAAAGCUAACAGAAGGCAGUGUUGGACGAGUUUUCGACUGUUGUCCACAAUCUAUUGAUCAAUUUGAUUGUAUAAUGAACUUAGGUGGUAUUUGCAAGCAGACCGACUAUCCACAGCCUGUCGAUAAAUGCGAACCAAAUAAAUGCGAACCAUUUACUAGAAUACAAAUUGUUGGCUAUGGUACCGAAGGGGGUAAACCAUACUGGUUGUGCAAAAAUAGUUGGGGUGAAAACUGGGGUGAGAAAGGUUACAUCCGUGUUGCACGAGGCAAAAAUUUCUGUGGCAUUGCCAAUGCUGUCGUACAAGUAGAAGACGUACAAGUGACCAGUACAACGAUUAGUAGUGCUACACGGCUAUACGUCAUUGGUACAGUGUCUCUCAUCUAUCUAUUAGUUACGAUAAUUUUUUGA